GGCCUCUUCAAGGCAAUGAGCCAUUGCGGAAAAGAAAAGCCUGUGGGAGAAACUGAUCUUCCACCUGUGGCUGGUCAGAGAGCCUUCAUGUAACAGCGGCUGGGAGUGUCCAUUCCUGUGUGAAUGAUGGUGGAGGUGUAGGACCCGGAGCUGGUCUGCAGCAUGUCACAGCAGCACAUUGAGAGAGGAAGCCCAGGCUCGUGAGUCAUAGCACUCAGUGGAACCUCAAUUUCAGGCACCUUGAGAAUUCCUGAGUCUGAUGGACGCAUCAACCACCUCAUGGCAUCUUUGAACCUCACCCCCUCUGGCCCUUCAACAUUUAUUCUAAUGGGCAUUCCUGAUCUGGAAGCUUCCCAUGUCUGGAUUUCCAUCCCUUUCGCUACAUUCUACAUUAUUGGCCUGUUUGGAAAUUCCAUGAUUCUGUUUGUUGUAGGGAAUGAGAAGACCCUGCACAAGCCAAUGUACCUGCUGCUAUGUAUGCUGGCACUCACAGACAUUAGCAUGUCUACCUGUGUCAUGCCGAAGACACUGUUGAUAUUUUGGUUCAAUAUGAAAGAUAUUAUAGUGGAUGGCUGCCUCACCCAAAUGUUCUUUUUUCAAGCAAUUUCUAUUAUGCACUCAGGUAUCCUUGUCACAAUGGCCUUUGAUCGCUAUGUUGCCAUAUGUAACCCUCUGAGAUAUGUCACCAUCCUCACCAAUGCACGAAUAGCUAAGCUAGGGCUUGUGGGUUUGAUAAGAGCUGUUCUUUUCAUGCUUCCCCCGCCCCUGCUCCUGAGCAGGCAGCCAUUCUGUGCCAACCGCAUUAUCCCCCAUACAUACUGCGACCACAUGGCUGUGGCAAAGAUGUCGUGUGGGGACAUCACUGUAAACAGGAUGUACGGCUUGGUGUUGGCAUUUGUAGUCAUUGGGUCAGACCUGACUCUCAUUGCCCUGUCCUAUGGUCUGAUCAUCAGGGCCCUCCUCAGAAUCUCCUCCAAGAAAGCCCACCAGAAAGCCUUCAGCACCUGCACAGCCCACAUCUGUGUGAUUCUGAUGUCUUAUCCUCCCGGCCUCUUCUCCAUUCUGACACACCGGUUCAGUCAGGGCAUCGCUCCCCACAUUCACAUCAUCAUGGCCAACCUCUAUUUCGUCACUCCCCCCAUGCUCAACCCAAUCGUGUAUGGGGUUUAUACCAAAGAACUUCGUGCCAAAGUGGGUAAAUACAUCUGCAGAAUGUGAUUUCCUGGGGCCACUGAUUUCAAACCUGUGUGACAAGAGGGAGAAAGUACAUCUCCUCAUUUAUCAAGGGUGCUCUGUCACAGUUUGGCUGAGGUCAGCAUUGUGGAAGUUCACAGUCUGAGAAGUUCCUCACACCUAACAUCUUAUCACUCCAUCUCCAAGCACUGUUCUCUCCGUUGCUGAGUUCCCCCCGUCACCAUCACCUUUCAUUGUCACCCAUCAGCCACCAACCCCACAAAUCCUGUCACUUAGCUUUUCCAUAACUCCUAGACUACUAGAAUAUACUGCAGCUUUCUGAUGUAAGGUGGCUUUCCAUUAGUCCCUGUGUUAGCCAAACUAAAGCUACGCUUUCUGAAAGCCAAAGACAAAGAAAGCAACUACAAUGCUGAACUUAUUUAUCAUAUGUACAGUGAUCCGGUGAAUAAAAUUUACCUGAUUUUUCUACAUCCAAUCUUUCAGGAAGCCUGGAGUAUAAACCAAAUGUUUCUGUUGGAAAGUGCUAAUACAGGAAAUCUGCUGCAGGAAUUUAGGCCAUUCUACAAAAGCUUAUUGGUGAGAGUUGUAUAACUGUGUGUUUUUGAGAACUGGACUGUGUUACCCUGGUAUUGAGGGCUGUGUACCCCAGAAUGUGAUCAAGCUAAUUGCAAACAUAUGAAAUGCACUCAGCCACUAUGAACUCAUAAAAGAGAACAGAAUCAUAGAAUCAUAGACUGUUAGGGUUGGAAGAGGAGGUCAUAUAGUCCAACCCCCCAAGUCCAAUAUCACAUCGUUUAGGGUUAAUUAGAAAGCAGGCUUUUAGAUGCAAAGUCAAAAUCUUGCUGGCAGUUUCUGCUAAUCAGAAUGGGAGGAGCGGACAGACAAGUAAAUAACAGAGAAUGAAAGAAGAUAAGUGGAUGAAAACCUGGAGUCUAGAUGCCUGUGAUAGUAGAAAUUUAUUCAAAGUUACAAGAAGUGAUGAUCCAGCGGGGUUCGUUAUUACCUAUGUGUUUUGGAGAAGUUAUAAAAGAUUACCUAAGACAGUGUACUUUGGAGCAGUUCUCUGAAGCCAUCUUGUGAAAAGUUUUUCCUGACACCCUGUCUCCCCACAGGUGAGAAACUGACCACCUGCUGUUAAUUACUCAAUACCAUUCCAGAUGUUAGGUAAAUAUCUGAGAUGUUCUAAACCUAUUGCUUAUGUCUGUGUGUGCUUCAAUCGAAUAAACUGCAGUGUUAGACAAAAGCAUGCUGACUUGCAUCUAAUUCUUGAUCAGACAGAAUUUCUGUGUUCCCAUUUAUUUCUUCCUGAUACCGCCUGGAGAUAAAUAGUUAAGUUACCCCUCCUGGUGGUUCUGAAAAAACCCCAGUAACAGACUGCUGUGUUAAACUAUGACAUUGAGUUGGAAACAAAUAACUUACCACUUUUGACAGAUGAUUUUGGAGUUGCCUUCAGCUGGAACGUUCAAAAUACACAUUAACCGUUCCAGUUGUCCAAGAUAUCAAAAGUAGGUGUGAAGAUUUAAUCUUAGAGUUUGUGAAACAGAGAUUGCCACCAAAUGUCCGAAUCCCUCAACAAUCUAGACUGGCUGACAUCUCAUCUUUUCCAUUGUUUUGUGAAGACCUUGGAGAAUUGGAGCAGCAGUAGAGAGGUUUGUCUUUGGUUCACCGGCCUCGUACUCAGAACAAUCCAGCAGAGCAGUUUUGUAUUGAACGUCUUGAACACAUGGAUGCCACUGGGGACAAAGAUUUUAGUGAACUUGGCUUGUUUGCUCUUUCACUGCUGUUGCUACCUACACUGCAUUUGAAAGACUGUUUUUUUCAGAUAAACUUGAUAAAAACAAAACUGUCCAAUAAGAUGCAAGAGGAACUGUGAGAAAACAUUCUUCAUGUUAGGGCCUAUAUACGAUACCAAAUCUUUUGUGAAGAGUUUGCAUCAAUCAGAGAAAUGAUUGCACUGGUCAGUGCUGAUAUGUAUGACCAGCAGCAGAGGCAUUCUACUUCUAAGGAAGACAGCAAGGAUGAAAUGUUGCCUUUUAGAGACUAAAAGUAACAAACUUAUACAACUCAAAAUGUGAACAUUGUCUACCAUCAUUGAAUGCAAUUAGAAAUAAAUAAUAUUGUCAUGUUAUUGUGGUUUUUACACUACAUAUGUUUUGGGUUCCUUUUAACACCAUAAUUUGCUGUUUUUUGUUGAAAUACCUGUCAAACCUCAAUUGGGACCGGUUUUGGGGGGUUGAUUUUUAAUUUGAUUGUCAUCUCAUAGCUUUGUUGUUAAUGUGGACAAACUCCUACCUGGGCUUGUAGCUUUUCAAAAAAAUCAAAUCUGUACUAGGUGUCUAACAAAAGCUUUCAUGUGUUACUUGACGCAUAGACUGAUGUGUUAAGUAAAACAACAACAAAAACAACAAAAACUUUGUUUCAAAAAUAGAUUGGGCUAUUUUUAGGUUUGUUUUGAAGUGAUUUGGGUCUAUUAAAGCAGUAGAAAUCUGGCAGCAGCAGCCAGAAACACAAGGGCCAGAGAAGCAGCCCAGAAGGCAGAGCUGUGCCGGAGCCAGAGAAGCAGCACUGAACCAGAAGAGCUAAAGCUGGGCCAGAGACAGAGCAGCGGUGCUGAGGCAGAGCUGGGGAGCUGCAGCUGGAGCAGACCAGAACUGGGAGCUGGGUCGGCACAGACCAGCCGCUCCAGCAGAGAGCCAGGGCUGAGCUACAGCGGGGAGCUGAGGGAGUCAGAGCCAGAAUAGUGGAUGCCAGAUGUGCCACAAGUAAAAUAGCAGCUGAGCACAAUGAGCUACAGGGGAGAGCAAGGAGGCUCAUGGGCACAAGGAUCAGCACUGGGAGACAUCAUCAGACAAGAGGGUCUUGUAGGCUGGACUCAGAAGAGGGGACAUGAAUCUGAUGGGAGG